AUGCUCGCGUUCGCGCUCGCCGGCGUUCCCGCGGCGAGGCAUGGGGUGCCUACACGCGGUAUAUGCCGUCGGGAUGGCCCUCGCGCGCGCGCGCGAGGUGCCCUCGUGCGCUGGCGGACGCGCGAACGCGUCGGGGAAUUGACGCGGACCAGCGGCGGCCGAGGCGCGACGUCAACAACCGCGCGUCGCGCGAAACCGAAAGACGACGACUGGGGCAAGGGCAAGAAAGAAGGCAAGAGCCAGAGCCAGGGCAAGGACCAGAAGAAGAAGGACAAGGACAAGGACGAGGACGAGGAAAAACCGAAAGACGAGACGUCCGCCGCGGCCCCGGUCGCGACGGAGGACGCCGCCGCGGCGGCGGAAAUCAUCGUCCCGCCGGGAGGGGUGAAUCAGGUGCGUUCUAUACACUGGUCCCCAUACGACCGCGUUGGCGUGGUGAACGCCGAUCCUUAA